AUGCGCCUGCUGCUCCAGUCCGACGAGGUCGCCGCGCGCGUGCGCGAGCUGCAGCACGACCUCGCCACGCUGCUCGAUAUUCUCCCCGUUGGCGAGCUCGGGCUUGCUGACGACGUGGCCGACCUCCUCACGCUCGCGUCGCGCCAGUGCCGGCGCCCCGCGCCCGAGGCCGCGGCCGAGCAGGAGCUCAAGGCCAGCGUGCUGGCGCUCAUACAGGAGUGCGUCCUCUUCAGCGCUGCCACGCCGCGGCCGCUGGACUCCAAGGUGGACGCUGACGACGAUGACGCCGAGCCUCUGGCGCCGCCGCCGGACUUCCGCUGCCCCAUCUCUCUCGACCUGAUGCGCGACCCCGUUGUGUCCUCCAGUGGCCAGACGUACGACCGCGAGUCCAUUACGCGGUGGUUCGGCGCCGGCAAGUCGACGUGCCCCAAGACCGGCCAGAAUGGCGUCGCCAUGGAAGGCAGCGAGCCUGGCAAGCCCGAGCCGGCGCCACCGGUGGCCGCAAACAAGGCCGCGGUGGAGGCUGCGCGCAUGACCGCGUCGUUUCUGGUGAAGAAGCUCUCGGCCUCGUUCUCCCCUGGUUCGGACAACCGCGUGGUGCACGAGAUCCGUCUGCUCGCCAAGUCCGGCUCCGAGAGCCGCGCGUUCAUCGGAGAGGCCGGCGCCGUGCCGCUCCUCGUGCCGCUGCUCAACUCCGAGGACGCCGCGCUGCAGCUCAACGCCGUGACGGCGCUGCUCAACCUCUCCAUUCUCGAUGCCAACAAGAAGCGCAUCAUGCACACCGACGGCGCGGUGGCGGCCCUCUGCGAACUAGCUAGCGCCUGCGUCCUGUCGACAGGGACGGCCUCUGCGAUCCGACCUCUGAGCGGGAGGUGGUAG